AUGGCUGACAAGCUCAAGAUAGCAAAGGUCGAAGAUGUGCAGGUUCUAGCAGCCGGAGAAAUAUCUAUAGUAACCCUACACCUAACCCAACACCAUCUCAUCCUCGUCCAAGCCCCGCCCCCCGUACCUCCCGGAGAUUCCCCUCCAAAGCGCCCCGCCAGAUCCAAAGAAUCAUGGAUCGCAUAUACCAUGAUAGGAUUAUGUACAUUUCGCCCAACUCCACAAGGCUCUGGCCUUGCAUCCUCUAUACGGCUGCGCUGUCGCGACUUCAUGUUUAUUACGUUGAACUUUACAACGGACAAAAAGGCUAGGGAUGUGUUUGAGAGCAUCAAGGGCGCAACCAAGCUAUCGAGAACCGAAAAGUUAUAUGCUUUCAGCUUCCAGCCAGUGGGACCGGAGAAGGAGAUAAAUGGUUGGGAGGUCUAUGAUGCAAAGGCGGAAUGGAAACGACAGGGAAUUAGUGACAAGGGCGCGGAUAGAGGAUGGAGGAUAUCCAAGAUCAACGUUGAUUAUGGCUUCUCUCCGACAUACCCAGCACUUUUACCAGUACCAUCAAACAUCUCCGACAAUGUGCUCAACUAUGCAGGAAGAUACCGUUCCAGGGUACGGAUUCCGGUUUUGACAUAUCUGCACCCAGUCAAUAACUGCUCCAUAACGAGAAGUUCCCAACCGAUGGCUGGUCUAAGAGGAAACCGAAGCAUUCAAGAUGAGAAACUUGUCAGUGCUUGCUUUUCUGCAUCUACUUCACUAGGGGACGGCGACACCAGCUCCUCUGUAAACUCCGGUACAAGUCCAGCUUCCAGCCAAACUGAUCUGAACUACCCCAGUACAGAAGGUGAACUUUCAGAAACAGAGAGGUUAGAGGACGAACUUAUUGCUUCCUCAAAUUUUGAGGCCGUCUCAGACAAACCACACAUCUAUGGUGCCCAACAGCACAACUUAAUCGUGGAUGCUAGACCAACUGUCAAUGCGCUUGCCAUGCAAGCAGUUGGUCUUGGUUCAGAAAACAUGGAUCACUACAAAUUUGCGACAAAGGCAUAUUUGGGUAUCGACAAUAUCCAUGUUAUGCGCGAGUCCCUUAACAAAGUAAUUGAAGCAAUCAAAGACUCCGACAUCUCCAAGCUCCCUCCUAACAGAGAGCUGCUCGCAAAAAGCGGCUGGCUCAAACACAUAACUGGCGUGCUCGACGGCUCAGCCUUGAUCGCCCGACAAGUCGGCAUCCAACACUCACACGUCCUAAUACACUGCUCCGACGGCUGGGACCGCACCUCUCAAUUGAGUGCUCUCUCUCAACUCCUCCUAGACCCCUACUACCGCACCAUCUCCGGCUUCAUAGUGCUAAUCGAAAAAGACUGGCUCUCUUUUGGCCACAUGUUCCAGCAUCGCUCCGGCUACCUGUCCUCGGAAAAAUGGUUCAAAACGCAAAACGACGCUUUGGCAGGCUCAGCCAUCCAACCCGGCUCCACAAACAACGAUGCUAUUGAGAACGCUUUGUUAAGCGCUAAGCGGUUCUUUAAUAAGAAUAAGGAGAGUCAGGAUUCUAGUGAUACUGAAAAUCUGCCUGAAGACGAGGCGCCCAAGACGCCGAGUAAAGACAGCAAGGAGGCGACGGACUUGAACAACAUUUCUCCCACCUUCCACCAGUUCCUCGAUUGCACGUACCAGCUCUUACGCCAACAUCCCACACGCUUCGAAUUCAACGAGCGUUUUCUCCGUCGCCUGCUCUACCACCUCUAUUCCUGCCAAUACGGCACCUUUCUCUACAACAACGAGAAGCAACGGCUUGAUGCCAAGAUCGCGGAGCGUACGCAUAGUGUAUGGAGCUACUUCUUGAGCCGCAGGAAGGAGUUUACUAAUCCUGAAUACGAGCCCCGAAUCGACGAUAAUAUCCGCGGGAAAGAACGGCUUAUCUUUCCGCAUUUGGAGAAGGUUAGGUGGUGGAGUGAGGUGUUUAAUCGUGGGGAUGCGGAGAUGAACGGGCCUGUUAACCUUCAAACUGAACGCUAUCUAGGUGCUCGUAGUGCUAGUCCGAGUCCGCUCCCUAGUCCGGGUUCGACGACGCCUGGGAAUGGAGGCGCGGGGAUGGGGAUAGGGAGGGGGGUUUUGACGGGGGUGGAGAGUGCACAUAGUGCGCUUACUGUUGGGCCAACAGGGAGUACAAGUAAUGGUCAUGGUAGUAACGAUGCGGGCAGGUUCGCUAGUCUCAGGGAUGGGAUUGCGGGGUUGGGCAUUGGGAGGAGUGCAGGUGGUGGGAGUAAGAGUCCGGGGAACGCGAACGGGGGGAAGAUGGAGGUUGAGAUGCAAUAA